AUGCUUCUGGCGCGAAUGAACCCGCAGGUGCAGCCGGAGCUCGGCGGGGCGGAUCCGCUGCCUGAGCAGCCCCUACGGCCCUGCAAAACCGCGGAUCUGCUGGUGGUGAAGGAGCGCAACGGCGUCCAGUGCCUCCUGGCGUCCCAGGACGGUGACGCGCAGCCCCGGGAGACUUGGGGCAAGAAGAUCGAUUUCCUACUGUCUGUGGUCGGCUUCGCAGUGGACCUGGCCAACGUGUGGCGCUUCCCCUAUCUCUGCUACAAGAAUGGUGGUGGUGCCUUCCUGAUCCCAUACACGCUGUUUCUCAUCAUAGCUGGGAUGCCGUUGUUUUACAUGGAGCUGGCUCUGGGGCAGUACAACCGGGAAGGGGCAGCCACGGUGUGGAAGAUCUGUCCUUUCUUCAAAGGAGUAGGCUACGCUGUGAUCCUCAUUGCCCUCUAUGUUGGCUUUUACUACAACGUCAUCAUUGCCUGGUCACUCUACUACCUCUUUGCGUCCUUCACCUUGAACCUGCCCUGGACCAACUGUGGCCAUGCCUGGAACAGCCCCAACUGCACUGACCCGAAACUCCUCAAUGCCUCGGUGCUGGGAGACCAUACCAAAUACUCCAAAUACAAGUUCACACCGGCUGCAGAGUUUUAUGAGCGUGGUGUCCUUCACCUGCAUGAGAGCAGUGGGAUCCAUGACAUCGGCCUGCCCCAGUGGCAGCUGCUGCUCUGUCUGAUGGUCGUCAUCAUCGUCUUGUAUUUCAGCCUCUGGAAGGGUGUGAAGACGUCGGGAAAGGUUGUAUGGAUCACAGCUACCCUGCCUUACUUUGUGCUGUUUGUGCUCCUGGUCCAUGGUGUCACGCUGCCUGGUGCCUCCAAUGGUAUCAAUGCCUACCUGCACAUCGACUUCUACCGCCUCAAAGAGGCCACGGUAUGGAUCGAUGCCGCGACUCAGAUAUUUUUUUCCUUGGGGGCUGGAUUUGGAGUCUUGAUUGCAUUUGCCAGUUACAAUAAAUUUGACAACAACUGUUACAGGGAUGCCCUGCUGACCAGCACCAUCAACUGUGUUACCAGUUUUAUUUCUGGGUUUGCCAUCUUCUCCAUCCUUGGUUACAUGGCCCAUGAACAUAAGGUCAAGAUUGAGGAUGUUGCCACUGAAGGAGCUGGCCUUGUGUUUGUCCUGUAUCCAGAAGCCAUCUCCACUCUGUCAGGAUCCACUUUCUGGGCUGUCCUGUUCUUCUUGAUGCUUCUGGCUCUGGGUCUGGACAGCUCAAUGGGAGGCAUGGAAGCAGUCAUCACAGGGCUGGCAGACGACUUCCAGGUCCUGAAGCGACACCGGAAACUCUUCACCUUUGGUGUCACCAUAGGUACCUUCCUUCUGGCCAUGUUUUGUAUAACCAAGGGAGGGAUUUAUGUCCUGACUCUGCUGGAUACCUUCGCGGCAGGCACCUCCAUUCUGUUUGCUGUGCUUAUGGAAGCUAUCGGAGUUUCCUGGUUUUAUGGUGUGGACAGGUUCAGCAAUGACAUCCAACAGAUGAUGGGCUUUAAGCCAGGCCUGUACUGGAGACUGUGUUGGAAGUUCGUCAGCCCCGCCUUCCUCCUGUUUGUCGUGGUGGUCAGUAUCAUCAACUUCAAGCCACUCACCUAUGACGACUACGUCUAUCCUCCCUGGGCCAACUGGGUCGGGUGGGGCAUCGCCCUCUCAUCCAUGAUCCUGGUACCCGCCUAUGUCAUCUACAAGUUCUUCAGCAUUCGGGGCUCCCUUUGGGAGAGAGUGGCCUACGGCAUCACGCCGGAGAAUGAGCACCACCUGGUGGCCCAGAGAGACGUGAGGCAGUUCCAGCUGCGGCACUGGCUGGCUAUAUGAGCCUGACCCCUAGGAGGAGGAACCCAUGGGUCAACAUCCGGGUCAAGGGCAUCUUCUUCACCCCCGUGUGGAUGCCGCCGUGGGAUUCCUCUCCGGGAAGAACCCUUCCCAUCCCUCUUGUUUCCCCAGUUACCAGUGAUUCUGUUCACCUUCUGUUCAUCGGGCCUGGAUGCACGAGUGUAGAGAACUCUAGUUAGCCUCGAGGAGGAAUGGGGCCUGGCUUCUGGAACUCUGGCUGGAGGGCGAUCGCAGUGUAGCCUGAGCUGAGGUCCAUGGCUCUGGCAGAACCCCUUCCUGAAUUUAUUUGUACUUCAGACCAUAGAAGAAACCUUCGGUUCAUCGAGACCAAGAGAAGAUUGGCUUUUGGCUAGAUACCAAAAGCCCAACCAAAACCUGAUGGGGUUUGUGUGGGAGCCAAGGUUACCCCCCUCUUUCCACCUAGCACCACUCUGGUUUCUGAGCCUCUGUGUGGGAGCUGGGUUUAUUUGGCACCUAAAAUGUGACUGGUAGAUGCUGCAGGGCUUUUCAGCAGAAACCCUCCGACUUCGUUACCUAGCUAAUCUGAGGUUGGUUUAGGUAUAUUUCAGAAUAUUACUCUAGCUUCUGUUGUUUGGAUCGUCCCAAACUGUGACGUGACGGGAAGGAUGUAGCCGGACCACCAAUGAGGAAGUUCCACCAAGUGAGAUACUCCAGAAAGGUGGUAGAGGCAGCUAGAUGAAUCACCCUUGACAAGGCCACACACCGGUCAUGCUCUGUGUGACACAUGAAUGAUUCCAGAGACUUUCCUGGGGAUUGAGGCAUAGCAGAUAUCUCUGUCCUGUGGGGUUAGGUGGGUGCCUGAGGACAGCCUGAUAGGUGGCCAUGGUUCUUUAUGGUCCACAGACACUUUCUAAGCCUCCUCCUGGAAAUCCAGCAGGCAGGAAGAGGUCCUGAGCAGGGGGAUCUAUUGGCUUUGAAAAGGACAUGUUUCUUCAUUGACUAGAGUUAGCACCCGGAGGGGCACGAUGGGACCUACCACAUCACAGCACAGCUCCUCAUGUUCUGGGAGGGUAGUCUGCCCGGAAAGGACAGGUUGGUGGGGGUCAGGAAAUUUCUAGGUUCACUUAGUGCCCUCUGGUGGUUAGUUUUGGUUCAUUGCAGGAAAGGAUGGCUUGAUAAAUCCAUGGCAUUUCUUCGGGAUUUCUGUUUAUGGUUUGAGUCUCCUAUGCCCCUAUUUGAAAUUUAGAACCAUAGCUUGCCAUUGUGAUAGUGUUAUUUUGUGCUGCAGGUGUGUGUGUGUGCGUGUGUGUGUGUGUGUGUGUGUGUGUGUGUGUGUGUGUGUGUGUUGAAAAGGAAAAACGAAGUCACUGAGCUCACUGGGGUUGUGUAGGAGGCACACGGAAAAACUAGCAUGUCCCAAUGGAGUAUGCAAGAGGUUGGGUGAGGCCAG